GUUUUCCAGCCACCAGCGGACCUUCGUUCUUGAGGUCAUGGGGAGACACUGUGGCUACUUAGCCCUGGUUAGUGCUUUGGCCUGCGGCGCGGACUGGGUGUUUCUUCCUGAAUCUCCCCCAGAAGAAGACUGGGAAGAAAAUAUUUGCGUUAAGCUAUCAGAGAACCGCGCUCAAAAGAAACGGCUGAACAUUAUCAUCGUGGCUGAAGGAGCAAUUGAUUACCAAAAUAAACCUAUUACUUCUGAGAAAAUCAAGGACUUGGUAGUGAAGCAGCUGGGGUUCGACACCCGCGUGACGAUACUUGGACACGUGCAAAGAGGAGGAACGCCGUCUGCUUUUGACAGGAUCCUGGCCAGCCGCCUUGGGGUGGAGGCUGUCAUCGCCCUCCUUGAAGCCACCCCAGAGACCCCAGCCUGUGUGGUUUCCCUGAGCGGAAACCAUGCGCUGCGCCUGCCCCUGGUGGAGUGUGUGCAGAUGACCCAGGACGUGCAAAAGGCAAUGGACGAGAGAAGAUUUAAAGAUGCUGUCCAGCUUCGAGGAAGGAGCUUUCAGAGCAACCUGAACAUCUACAAGCGGCUUUCCGUGAAGAUCCCAGAGUCCCAGAUUGUCAAGAGUAACUGUAAUGUGUGCAUUAUCAACGUGGGCGCCCCCGCGGCCGGGAUGAAUGCUGCCGUGCGCUCGGCCGUCCGCAUGGGGAUAGCGGACGGCCACAGGAUGCUCGCCAUCUACGAUGGCUUUGAUGGCUUUUCCAAAGGGCAGAUCAAAGAAAUCAACUGGUCGGAUGUUGGAGGUUGGACUGGCCAAGGAGGAUCAAUUCUUGGGACAAAACGUAUUCUACCUGGAAAGUAUUUGGAAGAGAUUGCUGUACAGAUGCGUGCUCAUAAUAUCAACGCUGUAUUGAUUAUUGGUGGAUUUGAGGCCUACCUGGGACUGCUGGAAAUGUCAGCUGCCCGGGAGCAACACGAGGAGUUUUGUGUUCCUAUGAUCAUGGUUCCAGCUACUGUCUCCAACAAUGUCCCCGGGACAGAUUUCAGCAUUGGUGCCGACACUGCUCUGAACACUAUCACUCAGACAUGCGACCGCCUCAAGCAGUCAGCCAGCGGGACCAAGCGCCGGGUGUUCAUCAUCGAGACCAUGGGUGGCUACUGUGGCUACCUGGCCAACAUGGGAGGGCUCGCGGCCGGAGCCGAUGCAGCUUAUAUUUUUGAAGAGCCAUUUGACAUCAGAGAUCUACAGUCCAACGUAGAGCACCUGACGGAGAAAAUGAAGACCACCAUUCAGAGGGGUCUGGUGCUCAGAAAUGAGAACUGCAGUGAGAAUUACACCACUGACUUCAUCUGCCAGCUUUAUUCAGAAGAAGGAAAAGGCGUGUUUGACUGCAGAAAGAAUGUGCUGGGCCACAUGCAGCAGGGUGGAGCGCCUUCUCCCUUCGAUAGAAACUUUGGGACAAAACUCUCUGCCAGAGCCAUGCAGUGGAUUACUUCCAAACUGAAGGAAUCUCAUGGGACAGGGAAGAAGUUUGUAACUGACAACUCCGUCUGUGUGCUGGGAAUUAGCAAAAGAAACCUUAUUUUCCAACCAGUGGCAGACCUAAGGAAGGACACAGACUUCAAGCACCGAAUUCCCAAAGAACAAUGGUGGUUGAAACUGCGGCCAGUGAUGAAAAUUUUGGCUAAGUACAAAGCAAGCUAUGAUGUUUCUGAUUCUGGGCAGCUCGAGCAUGUGCAGUCCCGUUCUCAUGACGAAACUGUAGGGAUCUGAACCCGCACGUCACCCCGACACCGGAGCUAUCCUGUAUGUCUAGUGAUGCUUUACAAUGUAAUGUUCACUGACCUUUUUUGUAACAUUUAAGUUAUUUAUCAGCACUUUAUGCAAGUAUUGUUGAUCAAGUAUUGUUGACAUUAAUGCCUAUUUAGCACCAGUCCUCAAUAUUGUCCAUAUCCUAAGUCAUGAAAAAUAAAACAUUGCAUAAAUUGCACUGGU